UGACAUCGUCAAUCACAUGACAAAAGCGGUGUUAAAUUUUCUUUAAAAUUUUAAAGAAACAUAGCACUGUCCCUGUCUUUAUGUCUUUUUUUCUUCCUUUGCUUUCCUUUUUCUUGUUUUUUUGCAGGAUUUGUUUUCUUUUUUUGUUUGAAGUUCCUUCCAUUUAGAUCUAAGACCAGCACAGUUUCCUCAACCUUAGAACUAGUUGCGCCAGAAGGGCAUCACUCAAAGCUCAACUUUGCCAUAGUUCUACUUUUUUAAUGCCCCACUUGUUUGGAAAGUUGGAAGAAUCGUGCUGCUUCAUUCUGCUUCGCUGUCAUUUGUGUAACUCAACUUGUUCCAAACUUCCAGUGUCAAAUUGUUAUGUUGCUAAAAAUGCUAUCUUUAUACAAGACACCUUGAUAUUUGCUUUAUUUUGCACCUUUGGCUCUGUAACAUGGUCAUCUGGAAGCUCUUGGUAAAUGCCAAUUGGUCAUGACAGUUGUUGUUUUUGGCUUUGAAAGACAAGAAGAGUUUAUGAUUGUUCAAGAAUUUGGAUACAUUCCUGCCAUAACCGUGUUCACAGUGCACAUUUGGGGAUACAUUGGUUUGGGUUUCUGUUAAUGGCAUCUAUUAGAAGAACCUUGUCUCCUGUGCCUAGAGUUGGAACUGUAGCAAAUGGAGAAGUGUGUUCAGUAGCUUCUCCAUUGUCGAAGUCCUCGUCGAGUCCCCAGAACUUCUCACCGUCAGUUGGAUUGGACUACCGUGCACUUGUGUUUGGUGUUUUCUCCCCGAGGUCUUUUUGGGCUCUUGAGAGAUCAAAGCCAAGGGGGCAGCUUUGGAGGAAGGUGCUUUUCCAUUUUUUCAUUUGUUUCAUUGUUGGUGUUUCUAUGGGACUCAUCCCACUUGCAUCAACACACAUGUCCUCAAAUAUCAUGCCAAAACAACAAGCCUUCUCCUUUGAGAUGAUAUCUGCUGUGGGGAAUUUCCAGCCAUUUGAGAAUGUAAAGAUAAAUGUGACGCCAUCGAUCGAUAAGGCUGUGAAUUUUAAUGCUACUUUUUAUUCAACUGUGAAAGAACAGGAACUAAUAGAUGGAGUAGCAUAUAAUGUCUCAGAUAGCCAAAUCAGUGAAAAUCCAUCUUUGGAGUCUCAGAAGCUUCUCAUAAUUGUGACCCCAACAUACAAUCAUCUAUUUCAAGCAUAUUACUUGCAUCGCUUGUCUCAGACAUUAAAAUUGGUCCCACCUCCCUUGUUGUGGAUUGUUGUUGAGAUGACUUCUCAAUCUGAAGAAACUGCUGACAUCUUAAGGAGUAGUGGGAUUAUGUACAGGCAUCUCGUUUGUAAAACAAAUCUAACCAACCCAAGCCAUAGGAGCAUUCUUCAAAGAAAUGUUGCAAUGGCUCACAUUGAAAUUCAUCGUCUUGAUGGAAUUGUUUACUUUGCAGAUGAUGAUAACAUCUACUCAUUGGACCUCUUUCAGCAAAUGAGAGAAACAAGGCGAUUUGGAACAUGGACUGUAGCAAGAUUAUCAGGGGAUAAAAGUAGCAUUGUCUUGCAAGGGCCCAUUUGUAAUGGAAGUCGAGUAAUUGGAUGGCAUACAAAUGAAUCAAAUGGGAAAUCUAAAAGAUUUCAUGCUGAAAUGCCAGGUUUUUCCUUCAAUAGUACAAUACUAUGGGAUCCAAAGAGGUGGCAUCGCCCCACUCUUGAACCUAUCAGGCAACUUGACUCGGUCAAGGAAAGUUUGUGGGUUAGCACAUUGAUUGAGCAGGUGGUUGAAGAUGAAAGUCAAAUGGAGGGCUUAAUGCACAACUGCUCGAGAGUUAUGGUCUGGCAGAUUGAUCUUGAAUCAUCUUAUUCAUCCUAUCCUCAGAAAUGGAUUGCAAAGAACAACCUAGAUGCCAUUGUUCAUCUUCCACUUGUGUGAAAUCCUCAGAUGCAGAAGUGGAGAGCAGUAAAUUUUCAUCCUGAUUCAUUCUGCAUUGCAGGGAAGAUUAUAAAGAAUUGGAGGUCGCCUGCUAAUGCUGUUAUUUAUCUUUACAUGCUCCAGUGCCUACUCGGAUAUUCCAUUUAACGUGACACACUGUCACUCCGGCACGUGAUGUCGUAGUUGUCAAUUGUGACAAAGUCCAUUAAUUAAUGGUGCAUUUUCUCCCCCCUAACAAUUUGUACAUUAUAAUAAUUAUACAGUUUCUAUGAGUUGUACCACUCCAAUAUGUGGCAUGUUUUGGAUUUUGUAGAGUUCGUGGCAGGGGCAGGAAUGUCUCAAUUGGCCCCUGGUAUAUCUGUUGUUACAAUUAAGCAAUCUCUCCUGUAAAAUUAUGAGAGGAAUUUUGAAUGUCAAAAUACUUAACAAUUUUCACUGCUUUUGGAACUUGUGA